AUGGGCGGGCUACUCAUAUUUUUCUUCUUGAUAAACGGAAGAGUUGUUGGGAGUAAUGGAGAUUUGGGGGAGGAGCCGACAGAGCCUGUAAAACCCUACACGCGUCAUAAAAACAGUUUCGUCGAAAAGCGUGUAGACAAAGGUAUAUGGCCAGAGAUAAAAUUUCUUCAGUCAAGAUGGGCAUUCCAUAUGCCUGUCAGUGAACAAUCCUCUCACAGUAUACCACAAUGUAAACUUCAACAUUACAAUUGGAUUAAUGGUAGCCUUAGUCAUAUAAAGUAUUUACGCAAAUCACAAUUAUCCAAUCUAUUCAAUACGCAUUCAUCUACAAUAGAUGUACCGUUCAGUUGGCAACGGCAAUCUUUCCAUCUGACGACAAAAAAACAUUCAGAUCAUCAGUUACGUUUGCAUGAUUGUUAUGUGUUGUUUAUUUUCUCGACUAUGUGUCCAUUUUCUAAAGCUUCAGUACCAUAUGUCAAUGCAUUGGCCAGAGCUUAUCCUCAGUUACCAAUUUAUGGUGUUUUAGUCGAAGAUUACUUGUAUUAUAAAUGGAGUCUACGAAUGUUGUUUGUCCCAAAACUUAAAAUUAUUGUCAACGGUAAAGUGUUCAGUGAGUAUUCUGGUUCUGAUGUGGAUUUAGAGCAGAUGGUUGAAUUUAUUUGGUCAAAUAUGCGUUUACUUCCUCGCGUACCGUUGCAUAUUCUUUCUGUAGAUCACAAAAAUUCACCAGAAUUUUCACUAGAAACUGACAAUUACCUCUUAAUUAUCUUCUGGUUAAUUACAAUAUUUGGUUUUGGAUAUAUUUUUGUAAUAUUUAUCCUAAGAUUUGAAUGGUUCACUUCCAUCCUUCUUCAAUGUAUGUUGCGUACCCUCAGUCUCCCUUUUUCUUCUAUACAUGUUGAUGCAAGACAAGGCGACCGGCAAUAA